AACUGUGACUUGCUUCUCUUUCUAUUUUUCUUGCUCUCCAGAAUAUUCAUAUUUUCAUACAACAAAAAUAUCUUAUUACUUGCCCCCUCUCUCUUGCCAGUCCCCUCUUUCUUUCUUUCUUCCAAUCAAUCACCCAACGGCUAUGCAAAUCUCCGGCAGCGUAUUCACGGACGUGUUCUACCCGUCCCCGGCACCAGCAGCUAGGUGGUCACCGCCACAUGUUCAUGCCUUUUCUGACUCUAAAUCCAUCCUUCCUUCUCCCCCUUUCCUUAAAGGCUCUUCACUCCCUGUGUCGAGAGCUGGAGGAGAAUCAUACCGAUCAAGGAAUUGUAUAGUAAAAGCAUCAGAUGGUUCAGGUCAAAAUUUGGCUCCAGUAGCACCACUUCAGCUUGAGUCCCCGGUUGGUCAGCUCCUGGAACAAAUAUUGCAAACCCACCCUCAUCUGCUUCCUGCAGCCAUUGAUCAGCAGCUCGAGAACCUUCAAAAUGAGAGAGAGGCUCAUAAAGAAGAACCUGCCUCAUCAUCUACAGAUAGCCUUUACAAGAGAAUAGCUCAAGUGAAAGAAAGGGAUAGGCAGAAGAUUUUGGAAGAAAUAAUGUAUUGCUGGAUAGUUCAUAAGUUCAUUGACAAAGAAAUUUCGAUGAUCCCAAAAGUAACAUCAACUUCAGAUCCUACAGGAAGAAUUGAUUAUUGGCCUAACCAAGAAAUGAAGCUGGAAUCAGUACACUCAGCCGAAGCACUCGAGAUGAUACAGAACCAUGUAGCCCUUGUCAUCGGGGACCGACUUGUGGGCCCCUUAGAGUCCAUUGUCCAGAUCAGCAAAAUAAAACUCGGGAAAUUGUAUGCUGCAUCCAUAAUGUAUGGAUAUUUCUUGAAACGGGUUGAUGAGAGAUUUCAACUUGAGAGGUCAAUGAACACACUGCCGGACGGUUUCAAGGAGGGGCAGUCAAGUGUUGUAGAACCACCAGUCCCACAAAGCCCCUUUUGGGAUCCUGAUUCACUGAUACAGAUCCAGCCAGACUAUGAUGAUGAUGUGGAUGGGGGUUUUAUGGGUGGUUCUGGUGAUGAUGGUAAAUCAUAUAGAUUAAGAUCAUAUGUUAUGUAUUUAGAUGCAGAGACACUUCAGAGGUAUGCUACAAUAAGAUCUAAAGAAGCAAUCUCGUUAAUAGAAAAGCAAACCCAGUCUCUGUUUGGAAGGCCUGAUAUCAAGGUUUCUGAAGACGGUUCAUUAGGUGCGUCUAAUGACGAAGUGGUUUCUGUGACAUUCUCUGGAUUGACAAUGCUGGUUCUUGAGGCAGUCGCAUUCGGAUCGUUUUUAUGGGAUGCAGAAAACUAUGUGGAAUCUAAGUACCAAUUCUUAAAAAGUUGAGAAUUUCGUUUGUGUAGAGACAAGUGAGCAGGAUGUAGAAAUCUUUUUAUGAUGUUUUUACCCAUACCAUUCAUCAUAAUGAAAUCUUUCCCAAUAUUUAAUGUGCA